UCCAGCGAUUGGUUCGGUCGGAUUUCUGUGUGCGUGGUUGAGCUGAGUCCAUACUGUGACCCGGCUUGUUUAGGUUUUGAAAUUUUUGUUUACGUUUUUUUUCGUCUCGCUGCCGUCUCAAUCCCGAGAGAAUUGUUUUAGUUUCCAUUAUUUGACACUAAAUAGGGCAGUUGGUCUUCCUCGUGAAUCCAAUUUAAAAGGAGGGUGGAAAACGUGAAAAUCAGCGCCUGCGUGCUGGAAGUCCGAUAAUGAAGUGAAUGUUAUUGCCAUUGUCGCGUGAAGUGGUGUCCUUAUUUAUUGCGAAUCGCGACGAAAGCGAAUGGUUAUGAAGUGUUUGCUUGAGUUCGAGUGUCCUAGAGUUGAAAUCGCAUCCGGCUGCUGGAAUUAAAUUCAUUCAAUCAACAACCCUUCGAAUAUCGUAAAUCAUUUUUUGAAAAAGUGCCCAAAUUUAGGUGCUACCGGCAUUGCAACUAUCACCUGUUCGGAUCGGAGGUUGGUUUCAAAUUUCAAAACGUAAACAAGUCAUCAGCGGGGCAUUGUGCCAUUGUAUGAUUCAUCCAGGAUUCUGCGCAAGGACGUCACCACCGGAUGGGGAUUCUUUAUGAAUGAAAGUGUUUUACCGCUUUGGGAUCCUUCGGCUUCUAUACAUACAGGAUACGCAACAUCAAUGUCUCGCCGCCGUUGACGCCAGAAUUCUGUGUGGCAUCCCUUACCCCAUUCCCCGCAUCAGAAUCAGCUGGUUUUUACUAUACACACAUAUUUGGAAUAAUAUAAAUUACGAGGGUUAAGGCGCCAGAUCCAUAAUAAAAAACCUCAUCAAGGUUUUAUAAUGUGAAGUGCAGCAAAUGAGUAAAAGGCAAAUAUGUAACCAAAAGUCUCGUAUGUCUUCGAAGAAUGUUCGGGUCGUGUCCAGCAAAACGUGCAAUUAAUUAAAGGAAGGUGUCGGUCAGUGCCAGUGUCCGCAAAAUCCAGUUUAGGUUACGACGAAGAAGCUCGGUGAAGAAGGGAAGAAAAAUUGCUAAUCAAGCACGAAAAGAUGCUAAGUUCGGAAGUGCGCUUUCCAGUGGGUUGGUUUUGUGUUGUGGUCAAAACAAAGCAUAAGAAAAAAGUUCUUUUUCGAAGAAGAAGGUAUCGUGUUGAAAAACGGAAAAAAAAUCUGAAUAAGUUCCAGCGAGGUCAUCAGCGACAAUGGCUUCGGUAUCAGGAAGUAGGCGCGAUGUCAACAGGAACUUGGCAUUUCCUGGAUGGGCUCGCGCGGAGAGCAUCAUUUCAAUUGUGAUUGCGUUCUGCUGCAUAGCCGUAGUUGGGAAACCGUUCGUGCCUUCGCGAUCGAAUGGGAAUCAACCGAAGACGUGGGAUUUUGAUGAUAAUGUGCAAAACUAUUUGAUGGAGUUUGGUUAUUUGCCCAAAUCGAAUAUCGAAACGGGUAACUUACGGACUAUGGAGCAGCUGGAGGAAGCGGUGCGAUUGUUUCAGAACUUUGCGAACCUAAACCCGACGGGUAAAAUCGACCGGGACACGCUGGAUCUGAUGCGGAAGCCCCGCUGCGGGGCUCCCGAUCUGCCCAGUUCCCUCGAUUUUAUGCCCUCGAACAGUCUCAGUCCGGUGCAGUUCCAGCACCGGCGGCACCGGCGCUUCAUCAUCCAGGGCCAGAAGUGGGAGCACCCCGUCGUAACUUGGAGGUAA